GUAGAGAAAGAAUGGGUUACCAGGAGAGACGUCACAAUAGUCCAGUAAUCCAUAUGAUAGACAAAGCCGGUCAUUGGUAUUCAGUACUAAUGUCUUUACGAUCAUGUCGUCUUUCAUUUGGGCAGGCAAAUUUUCCAAAAGUUCAUCGAACGUCACUCAGUUUGUUUACCUAACGAAGAUUAGCUUGUCUAUGGAUUUAUACAAGACAGCAGCGAAUAGUUAAUGAAAGAGGACUGUUUUUUAAUGAAAGCCGAUAGACAAUUGAGUCGCGCUAGUGACAUCAGUCGGGCUUKCAGCUUUGUGCUGAUGAUUAUGGAGGAUUUCGAUACGGAUUCCUUGUCGUCAGGUAAAAAAGUACGCUUUAAUUCGAACGAUGAAAUAUUUGUUAUUCCAAACAAGUGGGAUAGGUUAAGCAGGAAAACAGUUGCUGGCAAAGAAAAACUCCAGAGAGAAUCACGCACAACUAGCAAACCAAAAGCAGUGGAUGCUGAACGGCGAGGCAAAAGUAAACAAAGAAGCAAAAAAGUCAAGAGAAGUACAAAAAGCAUUUACACUAAAACUAGUACAACAAAAACGCUUGCUUCACCUUCAAGUCAGGUAAUGGAGCUUGARAGUUCUGUACUAUCAACUGAGAUAUCAAAAACUACAAGGGAAAGGUCUAAAAUUUCUAGUCUUGAGAAGGACUCAAAGAAAACUGAAACACCGGAAGUCAAACUCAAGCUAUCUCAUCGAAAUAACAAAGAAUUAUCUCAAGAUGACAUAGUAUUACCCAGGAUUAAUUAUAAUUCAAAUUUAAGAAAAAGCAUCGAGAAUGCUGUUGUUAGGAAUCGUCCAUCCUUUGAAACAGGAUUAGCAAGACUACACGAACAAAGUCGCGACAAUUUGGGCUUUUCGUCUCUCAGAACUCGAUCAUAUUCUGAUACUAAUUCUUCUACWAAYUCCUCGAUCCUAAGUGAAGAUCAAGACAAUAUAACAUACCAAGAAGAAUGUUUGUUUGUUUUGCCUGAAAGCGAAACGGCAAAGUUUAGUGAACUUUCACGGUAUGUGGAAGGUUGGUCGCCAUUUUCAARCGGCCACUCGACGGAAAAUAGAUUAACAAGUAGGCAGAAAAUGCCRGGAAGUAUUCCAAAUAGYAUUUUAUACUGAAUGUUUAUUUAUAAUUUAAGAAAAUAGAUAAUAAAGAAUUUUAGCUAUUAA